ACAAGACUAAUGAGAAAAAAGUUGUUCAAAAAGUUUUAAAACUAAUGGAUGAUGCUAAUGGCGAAGUGCAAAACUUGGCAGUAAAAUGUCUCGCGCCACUUGUCAAAAAAGUUCGAGAAACACAACUAGCUGAAAUCAUUGACAAGCUUUGUGAAUACGCUACACAGAAAAAGGAAGAACUACGUGACAUUGCUGGCAUCGGAUUGAAAACUGUCAUUGUGGAAAUACCAAGCAACUCACCAAAUGCUGGUAGCGUCGUGCAGAGAUUGAUUCCAAAACUUCUUUCACAACUAGAGAAUUCAAAGGCCACGUACGAAGUGCAAAUGGAUACCUUGGAUAUCCUAAGUGAACUCCUUGCUCGUUUUGGUAGUUCAGUGGGUAACAAUGUAACAUCACAGAAACGGAUUCAGAAUGUUUUGGUGCCUUUAUUGAGCCAUUCGCGUCCAGCAUUCAGAAAAAGAACUACUAUUGCUCUUGGUAAUCUUGUGACACAUGCUCCCGAUGAUCUAUUUAACGAACUGGUGCAAAAAUUAUUGGCUGAAUUUGAAAGGGCUCAAAAUCAGAAAGAUUGUAUCAGAGAUGAAAUUGAUUCUUUGCUGGAGCUCUUACUGAGCGAUCGCA